GCGCUAGGACCCAGCAGUGACGUGACAGCAAAGCGGAGGAGAGGAGAAGCUGCAGUGUCUUGAAGGAAGCUGCGAGGCUGAUAGACAAGUUUGCAGGCGGGAGAGACACAAGGAGCAGGACCUGCCAUCAACAUCACAUACUGUACUUACUGUACACCUACUGUACGGAGGCCGAGGACCGAGGCUGGAUUGUCCUCCGUGGCGAUUGAUCAUGCCCAGCAGCGUCAGUCCAAGCUGAAGGCUUCCUGGUCUGUGGUGAUCCAGACCUUGGACUUAGAAGACCAUCAUCAUGGCGAGCAGCUGCUGCAGCUCGGCGUGCCGUCUGACCUUCCAUUCGUGGAGCCUCCUGGACUUUCCACAUGAAGACUUCUCCGAAAUGACCCCCGGCCUCUAGCUUGCCCGCUCGCCAAACCUUCAGAGACGUCUUCCAUGUUGUCCUCGGUCUUCUUCCUCGCCCGGGACGUGAAGGACUGACUCUGUCUCUUUCCAAGCGUUCCUGAGGAUUGUCUUCUGAGAGAAUUGGAUUAGAGAUGGAUUAUGAGUGAAACAUCUGCCUGAGCGUAAUCCCCUUGUGCUUCUGCAGAUUACAUCCAUGGAGAAGCGCGACGAGCUGGAGCACCCUCUCCUGGGGGAGCAUCCCCUUCUGGGGGAGCACCCCCUCCUGGGGGAGAACCCCCACCUCUUCAAGGGGCUCCUGGUCAAGUGUGAGGAAGACCGGGCCUACCCUCCGCUGGCCUGGAGGGCCUACCCCCCCGAUGUGGUCCAACAGCCCCAGCAGCUCCUGGACCCCUGCUCCCUGCCACGCACGCUGGAGUCCCUUUACCCGGCCGCCCCCGCCUGGGGCCCCGCCGACUACCUGGAGACCACCUUUGUGGACGUGGGGCCAGCGCUGGAGAGCAAGCUGCUGGCCGAAGACUUCCACAGUGCCUCCUGCAGCUUGGACGAUGAGGAUGACCUGCUGCCCGACUCCGACGACUCGUCCAUGGGAGACUUCAGCGACAGUGACAGCGACAGCAACUUCCCUCUAAUGAUCCCUCAGGACUACCUGGGCCUCGCCUUCUUCUCCAUGCUCUGCUGCUUCUGGCCCCUGGGCAUCGCCGCCUUCUACCUCUCGCAGAAGACCAACAAGGCUUCGGCGGAGGGCGACUACCAGGGGGCCAACGCGGCGUCUCGCCAGGCUCUGUGGCUCUCUGUCCUCUCCAUCGUGUUUGGGAUCAUCACCUACGUCUGCGCCAUCGCCGCCCUCAUUUCCUACCUGUCCGCCAAGCUGCCGUAAGAGGCCACGCCCACUAAACAAAGGAGCCUGUGCACGCCAGUCGUACUAACGACAGGAAUAACCAUCGUUUUACUGCAUCCAUUCUUCCCCUUUCAGUUCUGAGGAGACUUUUGACUUGUUUGAUUUAGGCCCCUGCAGCGCUCUCUGACCCAUGUGUGUGUGUGUGUGUGUGUUGCCACGUUCGCUAAACCAAAGGUAGAAGAAACACUGUAGAUAUCAUCACCAAGAACAGGAGUCCUGAAAGUGUGGGCAGAGGAGUGAGCCCAGGGGGACCUCGCUGUGUUGAUUUGUUUCUAUUUGGAUGGCGGGCCAGACCCACAAAACCUUCCAAGGGACCAGACUUGGUGUCAUUACACGAGGGGUUAUGAGUACUGUCGUUUCUUUGGUGCACAAAGUUAGCUACGUAGCAUUGUUAGCGUCCGCUAUGUCAGGGGUGUCCAGACUUUUUGCACACUGAAAAAUCAAGGUCUAUUUGUCAUUUUCAAAACCAAUACAAUAUAUAGAUUUUUUUUUAAAUUUUUUUUACCUUCAGGGCUCCUUUCAAAUAUGGUGCCGGGAAACCGCAAGUCUCAGUCAUAAUAAUGUUAAAAUUACGUCAUAUAUAACGUACUAUAUAUAUAUAUAUAUAUAUAUAUAUAUUUGUAUCUAUGAAUGUAUAUAUUUACAAUUGUAUAUACAUAGUAUAAAUACUCAUACAGUACAUACACAAUUUAUAUACAUUAGAUAUAUAACCAUUAUAUAUACUAUAUAUUUACAAUAAAUAUAUAUAUGUAUGUAUAUAUACACACACACAUAUAUAUAUAUAUUCAUACACAAACACACACAUAUAUUUAUAUGUAGAUAUACAUAUUCACAUAUAUACAUAUACACACAUAUUUAUAUAUAUAUACACACAUGUAUGUAUAUAUAUGUAUAUACAUACAUAUAUAUACAUGCAUAUAUAUAUACAAACAUUUAUAUACACAUAUGUAUCCAUACACACAUACAUAUAUUUACACAGACAUAUAUAGAUUUAUAUACACACACAUAUAUACACAUGUAUAUAUAUAUACACGUGUAUAUAUGUAUAUACAUACAUAUAUAUACAUGCAUAUAUAUACAAACAUUUAUAUACACAUAUGUAUCCAUACACACAUACAUAUAUUUACACACACAUAUAUAUAUAUAUAUUUGUAUACACACACAUAUAUACAAAUGUAUAUAUAUAUACACGUGUAUAUAUAUACACACAUAUACUGUAUACACACACACACACAUAUAUAUACACACACAUAUGUAUGUAUAUAUGUAUAUACAUACAUAUAUAUACAUACAAACAUUUAUAUACACAUAUAUACACACAUAUAUAUUUACACACAUAUAUAUAUUUAUAUACACACAUAUAUACAUAUAUACACAUACAUACUG